UGCCCUUCGCGCCAGUCGCGUCAGUUGCGUGAGAGCCUUUAACGGGGGAGGUGCUACUUAGCACUUACCGUGCGUGGCACCCUCUCCUCUUCUAAUCACUGCCAUUAAUAGUAUAUAUAUAUAUAUAUGUAUAUAUACACAUACACAUACACACACACAUAUAUAUAUAAAUAUAUACAUAUAUGUAUAAUCGAAGGACAAAGUAGAAUAUAUCCGUGGCAACAAGGAAGGAAAUGUGAUGAUGCGUGAACUGUGACACGAAAACAGCGUGCAGUUCGCGAAGAUCAACGGUACGUGUUACACGACAGAUCGACAGGAAUAAAAUGUGCCACGGAAAGGGAAAACCGUAAGUGUUCUUGUUUCACGGAAGAAGAGAGCAUCGGACCUAUCGUUGUGUCCGUUGUUACUAGUGCUGCGCUUCGCGUGGCGAAGCACACGGUCGCGUUUCUUCGCUUCGAACACGCAUAGUGUAUUCAUCGUAUCUUUCUUCCUCUCCCACUUUUCUCCUUCUCUGCCUUUCGUCAUGUUCGUUUUGUGCAUCGACACGUUUACUGGCUGACGCGCAUCCGACGGCCUUGUUCUCCUCUGUGUUCUUUUCGCCUCUGUUCGCCUCGGUGUACGUUAAGGAGGAUAGCGUAAUAUGUCGCUAUCUGUGUGACGUCGUGACUGAAAGCGACGUCUUGGAUCCUAUGCACGACUCAAACGCGGAAGUCGGUGAACUUGUACAUCUGGUGUCCAGUGUGAUAUUUCUCGCCUCGAUCUCGUUUCCCAUUCUGUCGAAGAGGAUUCUCCUGUGACGCGUGCACGACCUUCCAAGAGCGUACAUACGGCGUCUUCCUGGCGCUGAUUGAGAUUUAAAUUCCACGGACCUUGGGCGAUUUAAAUGGGCCGUGAAAGCAUUCCAGCAGGUGCUAUGGGUGGAACCAGGAUUUCCACGAGCCUGCGAGGUUCACCUACGGCUCGGCUUAAUGCUGAAGGUCCACGCUGACUUUGACGCCGCCUUGAAGCACCUGACACUCGCUCUGAUCGAUGCCACGACACCUGCCUCCUUUUCCAAGCUCGAAAUAAAAUUUCACAUAGCCCAUUUGUACGAGGUCCAAGGGAAAUAUCGCCUUGCCAAGGAGCAUUACGAGGCAUUGCUCAAGGAAAAGACUCUGCCUUCUCAUCUGAAGGCCGACAUUUGUCGUCAAUUAGGAUGGAUGUACCACGUGGUUGACUGCACGGUGCUUGGUAUAACGAGACAGCAGAAGCAAGCAAUCGCUAUACACUGUCUGCAAAAGUCCAUCGAGGCGGAACCGAAGAGCGGGCAAAGCCUUUACCUGCUGGGACGUUGCCUCGCCGCUUCUGGAAAAGUUCACGAUGCAUUUAUCGCUUACAGAAAUUCCGUGGAAAAGUCAGAAGGGAACGCCGACACGUGGUGCAGCAUAGGCGUUCUAUAUCAACAGCAGAAUCAACCUAUGGACGCUUUACAAGCCUAUAUAUGCGCUGUACAGUUAGACAAAUCACACUCAGCUGCGUGGACUAAUCUGGGCAUUCUGUACGAAAGCGUUAGUCAACCGAAAGACGCACUAGCUUGUUACGUCAACGCAUCCAGGGGUAAUAACAAUACACCGAAUUGCACGGGCUCAUUGGCGGGCCUGGGUGGCGCUAAGUCAGGAGGUAACACCCCGAUGAACCCAUCGCUACAACAGCGGAUCAACUUUCUGCAAAGUCACCUAAGCCAAGCACCAAUGCCAUCCGUCACCACCACCAAGAGACGGCAGCUGCCGUCUAUAGAAGAGGCUUGGAACUUACCAAUUAGUGCUGAGAUGUCCAGCAGGCAGCAACAACAGCAACAGCCACCAACUGGCCCGGGUUAUAAGUAUGGUGCUACACCAGCUGGACCACCACCUCCUUAUCCUCAAGGACAAGGACAGAAUCUUAAUACAAAAAGAUUUAAGCAAGGAGAAGAACCAAUUUCUCCAGCUUCUCAGCAAAGACCACCGCCAUUUUACCUCACAUCUCAGCAACUACAAAUGUUACAGUUUCUUCAACAAAAUCAUGGAAGUUUAACGCCACAACAACAGGGUUUGCUUGCCCAGUUACAGCAACAGUACCGAUGCAUGCAACAACACCAACAACAAAUUAGGAUACAACAACAGCAAGCUACUCAAAGGGGGUUGCGACCUGGACAACCAGGUUAUCCUACUACAGGCUACAAUCAUACGCAACUAGGACAACCUGGUGUGAUCAAGAACUAUGGAAUACCUCAGCAACCGUUGCAGCAAGGUGGAACUGUUGCAUUACAAACAGGAUUCUCAGACUCCAAUGUCGGUUACAACACGGCAGCGACUGGGAACAGCCAGACGCCGGGAAUGCCUUACAAAUCUGCCUCUGAUCCAAACUACCCUCAGAGACAAUUGUCAUCCAACCAAUACAACCAAUACCAGCCUAACCAAUUCACUGCCCAGGGUUAUACUCAAAUAUCGUCCACAACGAGCAACUAUCCAGAAGGCUCAGCAGGAAAUAAAGAUCUGGGUGUGACGGAUCAGGAGUUACAGGCUCUGUUAUCCCAGAAGGACAUAGCGACGUCAUUGGCGGAGGAUCUGUUGAAGCAUUUCGGAUCAGAAGAUUUAGACGUGAAGGAAGAGGCGCCGAGUAUCAUGAACAAUGGUACGCUAAGUUCAGGUCCGUUUUCACCGUCGAACCUUGAGGAGAACGCGGACAAGAUCAAAGAAGUGAAGCUGGAAAAGGUAGAAGAUAUUCAAUCGUCGGCCACGUCCAAGCUCGAGGCGUACGAAAACUGCAAUACGUCAACUCCAGCAGCUGAGACGGUGAAAUGCGAGGCAACGUCAAGUACAAAUAAAAGUGAAUCGGUCGCUCGGAUCGAACCUGUGCUAAAAUUGGAAAGCUUGUGCGAAUCGCAACCUGAACAGGAACUUAGUAUAGACAUGGAUUCCAAAACUAUCGUAGAGGCGUGCAAAGGUCAGGGAUUGAAGGGUGUACCGAAUUGCUCCAUACUUAGCGAUCGUUCACCUCCACCCACGCCGCCUGAUCCUCCAAGUCAGAGGCUAACUAAGGAACAACUCCUACCCCCUACUCCUAGCGUUUAUUUAGAGAAUAAGAAGGAUGCAUUCAGUCCUCAACUUCAAGAGUUUUGUCUAAAACACCCGAUAGCUGUGAUCCGUGGUCUUGCAGCUGCUUUAAAGCUGGACCUUGGUCUUUUUUCGACUAAAACUUUGGUAGAAGCGAAUCCAGAUCAUAGUAUCGAGGUGAGAACGCAAAUGCAGCAAACUAGUGAUGAGAAUUGGGACCCUGUAAUGGGAAAGAAAGUUUGGGGUUGUAUCAGUCAUAGAAGUCACACGACUAUCGCGAAAUAUGCACAAUACCAGGCAUCAAGUUUUCAAGAAAGUUUAAAGGAGGAAAAGGAAAAGGCUCAAGGUAUACAUACCUCGAAUCUAUCCGAUUCAGACUCAAAAGAUAGCACUGGAGCUGUCAGAAGGAAGAAAAACGCGUUUGGAUUGGCGGGUCGACCGGGUUCAAAGAUGUUGCGAUUUGGGACCAAUGUAGAUUUAUCAGACGAGAGAAAGUGGAAACCGCAACUCCAGGAGCUGAUGAAAUUACCAGCGUUCGCUAGAGUCGUAUCGGCUGGAAAUAUGCUCAGUCAUGUCGGACACGUUAUUUUAGGCAUGAAUACUGUCCAAUUAUAUAUGAAGGUACCAGGUAGUAGAACACCUGGCCACCAGGAAAACAACAAUUUUUGUUCUAUUAAUAUCAAUAUUGGACCAGGAGAUUGCGAGUGGUUUGCAGUGCCUGAUGCAUACUGGGGUAUAAUUUGCUCUCUUUGUGAGCGGAAUAAUAUCAAUUACCUUCAUGGCAGUUGGUGGCCUUCUUUAGAGGACCUAUAUGAUGAAAACAUUCCUGUGUAUAGGUUUUUACAAAGACCAGGUGAUCUUGUCUGGGUUAAUGCGGGUUGUGUGCACUGGGUUCAAGCUGUUGGAUGGUGUAACAACAUAGCAUGGAAUGUGGGUCCUUUAACUGCUCGACAAUAUCAACUGGCAAUUGAACGAUAUGAGUGGAAUAAACUGCAGUCGUUCAAAUCUAUUGUACCAAUGGUACACUUAUCCUGGAACUUAGCAAGAAAUAUCAAAGUGUCUGAUCCCAGAUUGUUUGAACUAAUUAAAAAUUGCCUAUUAAGGACAAUGAGACAGUGUUGCUUAAUAUUAGAGUUUGUGAAAAGUAAAAGUGUGGAAGUUCGGUUUCAUGGACGAGGAAAAAACGAAGCAUCGCAUUACUGCGGACAAUGCGAGAUUGAAGUGUUUAACAUCCUGUUCAUAAGAGAACAGGAGAAACGACACGUCGUACACUGUAUGGACUGUGCACGAAAACAGUCCCCAUCCUUAGAAGGGUUUGUUUGCUUAGAAGAAUACAGAAUGCGAGAUUUAAUGGACGUUUAUGACGGAUUUACUUUACACACUUCUCUAACAACUCCCUCAUCAGUUCAGUCUAACCAAUCCUCCUGAGAAUACAUGCAACACAGAUAUCUGGACUUUCUAGGCACUUUACAGUGACUUAGAUAGUACAAUAUCUGUGUUCGAAAAGAAUCUUUAUAAUAAGCAUUAUUUAAGUACCUGGGAGCUACCAUAAAAGAAUGAAGAAGAGCAGAAAAUUUUAUAUGUUAAACUACUUAAGUCGAACAUCUAUUUCCAUGCUAAUUUUAAGGUACGCACAAUACAUGUUAUAUAUGAAGCAAUUGAAAAUUUCAAAUUUUUUUAGAAUUAAUUAGUACUGAUUACAUACACAAAUUGAGACGUAUAUUCGAAAAAUUUUAUAUUGAAUUGACAUAAAAUCAGCGAAACUCUGCUCUAGCUCUCGGGUAUAGAAAAUCGAAAUUAAGUAAACGAGAGAAGACUGCGUUUUACUUAUAAAUUACUCAAUAUCAUCAUUUGUAAUCCUUUAAUGGCACAGCCAUGAUAAUGUGCAUAAGCUUUGCAAUAAAAAAUGCUUGACAUAGUUAUCAAACUUGACCGUGUUCCUUAUCAGUUUUAUAUCAUGGCAAGUAACUACAAAACAAGCAUUCAAUAUUCAUUUUUGUCACAAACGAUAGAACAUCUCUUUUUUUUAUAUCGUUCAUAAAUUACAUGUUUCGAAAUUUUUACGAAUAACAAAAAGAAAAGUUAGAAAAAAUUUUCAUAUAAUCGAGAAACAUCACGGAAUUGUUCACUGCCAAUCGUGAAUAUAUUAAAGGAUUACACUGUAACAGUCCACAAUGAUGAGGGAUAAGCUGUCGUUAACUAUUAUUAUGAAUUAAGAUACAAUUGUAAAGUAUCACCAAGCUGCUCAAAAAACAUACUUGUACAUUUUUGUAUGCAAGCGAAUUGAAACGAUCAUUGAUUUUUAUGAAAUUCAUGGGAAUAUUAGCACAGUUUCGAAUGUCCUACUGCCAACGACGAUUCGACUUUUUAAAUCGCAGCAACGAUUAUGUUUUUAUACUAAACUCGAAGACAAUGAGAUCAGUAUCUGAUUGAGAUUUAUUAAGGAAAUAAUUAUUAAACAUUUUGCAGCAAAUUCAAAUUUAAUUUAACAAAAAAGUGUUAACAGUACAGUGACAUUCGUGACGAAUAUCGUGCUUUAAAUAAAUCAAUCAUUGUGUCAAGCAAAAAAUAGCGGCUCUAAAACAUUUGUACAGUAAAAGAUACUGUUUAUAAUAAUAAUUUCUAAGAUAAACGAACCUUCGUUUUUAGGACAAGGGGACGAUAACAUGUUGCGAUCAGCUCAUAAAACGGCGUUUCUCAAUUUAUUUUUUGUUUAUUUUCAUAAACAGAAUAAAAAGAGAAACGUGUGAUAUUCUAAAUAUCGGAAAUCAUAUGCUGAAAUCAUUUGAAUUUUUCUACCAUAAUUAAGUCAAUGAUAAAGAAUAUUUAUUAAUUGUAAAUGAAUUUGUUUCAAAUGAUUUUUAAUUAUAGAAAAUCUUCCAUCAAUUUAUACAACCUAUUCGGUACAUGAAAGAUAGAAUGUUAUAGUCUAAUGGCUUAUUUUAAUUAUUAUUUAAGGUAACACAAUUAUAGAAUAUUAGUACAAUUUUAACGAACUUAAGGACGGAAUAUAAGAUCAGAUCAACGUUAAGAAAAAAGUUGGGAAACGCUGCCUGUCUAACAAUGAGUUAAUCGUAUCUUAAAGCAAAGGAGAAGCGUACCUUCAACUCAGUCUCGUCAAUUCACAUUGGUGUCUAGUAACGCCAAAUGUACGUGCCAGAAAACAAAAAAAAAAACUCUUACCUACCACAAGUGUAUAAAUAAUGCAAUUCUCGUUCCGCCGAAAAGAUGUAUUUUCACAAACGCAUGAGAGAGAGGGAGAGAAAGAGAGAGAAAAUGGAGAAAAAAAGCAAAAAAUGGUAGAUAGUACAGGUCGUAAUAAGAUCAUCGAAGAACGAUGUAUUUUUGAAAAUCCUAGGAAAUACUAGUUCCGCCGAGUUAGUUAAUUACGAACGAUAACCGCAUUUCUUUUAUACGCGCGACCAAUCUCAAUGUUGCACCAUUCGAUUGCAAUAUAUGUGUAUACAUAUAUAUACAUAUAUAUACAUUUGUACAUGUAUAUAUGUGUAUUUCUACAUCAUUUACAGCGAUGGUAUAUGCUAGUUUCCUGAUGUAUUAACCCGCUCUAUCGAUGAUUGUUAAUGAAAAUUUUCCGGGUUGAAAAAGCUCGUGUCCAAGAGUAUUUUAAUCCAUGCACUCAAAUGAUCUCAAUGCAUGUAAUAUUGGCAGUACAUGACAAUGAAUUCUGCCAAUAUUUCGAACUGACUUGACAACUUUGAUUAACGAUUAAUUAAAUUAUGUAUAAAUAUAUUUAAUGUAAAAAAUAAGAUUAGGUAACGUGAAAUGAAUCGAAACAGAAUGGCUCAAGAGCUUCAAUAGUUAAUAACGAACAAACUGAAAGCGGUCCCAUCGUGCACCGCUAAGCCUGUUUUGCUGUGACCUAUGGAUAAUCUGAACCAGUUCGUAUUCGAAAUUGAGAAGAUGAUUUUCUCUGAAGGUGUGCAAUGUUGUAUAGAAAUUACGUGACAUUGCACUAUUUAAUUCGACUUGUUAUAUAUAUAUAUAUGAUUUGGGUUCUAUUAUUUUUUUCUCAUUCUUUUUUCAUUUAUUAUACUGAAUAAAUUUACUCAAUACAUUAUAUAAUAUAUAAAUAUAUGUAAUAUCUAAUGAUACUACAUUGCAGGUUUAGAAUAAUUUUUACGGAAUAUAUACAGUUUGUAAUAAUGAAAUGUAUUGAGUAUAUAUAUAUAUAUAUAUAUAUAU